CCCUCAACAAAAAUGGUGUCUAAAGUAAAUUUUGCAUUGUUUGGUUUCGGGAAUAUGGGUUUGGCUCACAUGAAGAAUAUUCUGACAUCCCCCAGGGCAGCAGUGAAGUGGGUAGUCAGGAACAAAAUUGAGGAGGCUAAGAAGUUUGUUCAGGAUUACAACCUAGCAGCCCGGUGUACGACUCCUGACAGUUUGGAAGGACUGUAUAAUGAUCCAGAAGUGAAUGCAGUACUGAUUUGUUCCCCUACUUCUACACAUGAGCCAUUAAUCAGGGACUCUCUACUGGCAGGGAAAGCUGUGUUCUGUGAGAAACCUAUUACAGAUGCUAUAGAUUCUACAGCAGCGUGCUAUGAUUUAGCAGAAAAACAAAAGAAGGCAUUGUUCAAUGCAAUGCAUAGGAGGUUUGAACCAAAUUUUCGGAGUGUUCGAGAGAAGAUCAUGAAAAAGGAAUUGGGCAAUCUCCGUCUGAUUAAGCUUACAAGCAGAGAUUUGGCUCCUCCUCCUAUUUCGUACAUUAAAACUUCAGGUGGAAUUAUUUAUGACUCCACAAUACAUGACCUUGACAUGUCCUUGUGGCUAGCCGGUUCUGAACCAGAAUCUGUGUAUGUGAGUGCCUCAGCAUUUGACCCCAGUAUUGCCAGUUGUGAUGACUAUGACCAGGUGUUGGUUACCAUUAAAUUCAAAAAUGGAGUUGUGUCUUCUGUGGAGAAUGGAAGAGUGGCUCCGUAUGGUUACGACCAGAGGUUGGAGGUUCUAUGUGACAAAGGUAUGAUAAGUGUUGAGAAUAAGACAUCCAACUUGAUUACGGAACACCUUGCUGGUGUGACUUCUGCUCCCAGGAUAGCUGACCACUUCACCAGCAGGUACCCCCAGGCAUACGCUGCCGAGUUGGAGCACUUUCUGGAUGUAUUGCAAGGAAAAGCAGAAUUACAGGUCAAGAAAGAGGACACACUGAAUGCCAUGCGAUUGGUCCGAGCCUGUCAAAAAUCUAUCGCAGCUAAAGGACCAGUUACCAUAGAAACAGAAGUCUGAUAGUAGGUGUAAUUAGGUUAAAAAAGAGUUUAUUUGUAUAAAUUUUGUCUUUCAAUUAAUUUUUUAAAAUCAUAUAUAUAAAAUUUUAGAAUGCAGUUUUCCAUAUUAUACUGGUAUAUGUAGCAAACAUUUGCCUUUUUAUGCAGGCUCUGAACUUAAUGAGUUAUGAAUAUGAUGAUUAUGAAUAAUAAUGUUAUGCCCUGUUCACACGGAGAGUUUAAUUCGAAUUAAACGUAAGUUACUGCGAAUUAAAUUUGAUCCGCGUUCACACGGAGAAUUUAAUGCGAAUUAGUUUAAUUCGAAUUAGUUUACUGCGCAUUAAAUUACUUCGCAUUAGCUCUGUGUGAACGCUAAGCGAAGCUAAUUCGAAUUAAAUUUUGACGCAUGCGUAAGUGCAGAAUUAAGUCACAGGUCACAUGUCGAUGAUCAAAUAUACAAUGUAGGUACUUGUGCUAUUUUUGAGUGGAAAACAAAGGAAAAUUAUGUUAAUAACUAAAAUGUGUACCUGUAGACACUGACAUUAUGUCAAAUGUAUAUUUGCUGGGCACAAUAUGACGUGAUUUGUAAAUGACGUCAUAAUAGCCUCACUGAAUAGCCUUGUUGUAGAAAUAAAAUUAUAAUUCGCAUUAGUUUACUUCGCAUUAGCUGUCGUGUGAACGCAAUUUAAUUCGCAUUAGUUUAAUUCGCAUCAUUUUACUUCGCAUUAAUUUACUGCGAAUUAAACUCUCCGUGUGAACA